AUCGCAAUCGGUGGUGGCUUCUAAUUUCGAGCCGGCCAUACGGCCUGGCAGCUGGGCUUUUUCUCUCUUUUCUCUUUUUCGACCCCUGUGAGCUCCUCCGUCGAGCAUCUCGCUAGCCAUGGAGCGGAAUAUCGAUAUAUACGCGACUAAGCUUGGGGACGAGAAAAUCGAUAUUAAACUCAGAGCCAACGUUGCGGUCGAAUUGCGCGAUAACAUAGAACCCCUGUGCUCGGGUGCAAGCUACCCGAUUUUCCUUUCGAAACUAUGGCCGGUGUUUAAGAAUAUCCUGAGAGGGGAACCGGUCUUCACAAAUUUAGCUCUUGAGCAGAAACUCCGAAAUUGCAUUCUCGAGACGCUUCACAGAUUGCCGAUGGGCUCCCCCGAUGUCGAACCAUACGCCGCUGACAUGGUCGAUUUGUUAAUGGAUUUGGUACGGAUUGAAAAUGAAGAAAAUGCGGUUCUUUGCAUGAAGACGAUUAUGGACUUGGAACGGAACCAGGCAAAGGCGACCGCUGCGCGGGUUCAACCUUUCCUGGAGCUUAUUCAGGAGAUGUUUCAGACCAUGGAGCAGGUCGUGAGGGAUACCUUUGACACACCUAGCCAGGCCACACCCUCAGGAAUGCCCUCGACACCUAGCGCUUCGGCCCAGAACUUCCAGUCGCCCCGUCCGAGCUCACCAGCGGCGUCCGUUCCUGAUCUUGGCCCUGAUCAACAAGCAGCCAGUAACGUCCUUCUCAAAGGCAUGCACUCCUUUAAGGUCCUUGCAGAAUGUCCGAUUAUCGUGGUUUCCAUAUUCCAGACACAUCGCAACUCAGUCUCGGCCAAUGUCAAGCUUUUUGUCCCGCUCAUUAAGGGCAUACUGCUUCUUCAAGCUAAACCGCAGGAGAAGGCUCAUGCAGAAGCUGCGGCGCAGGGAACGAUUUUCACUGGGGUGUGCAAGGAUAUCAAAAACCGGGCGGCAUUUGGGGAAUUCAUAACGCUUCAGGUCAAGACCAUGAGUUUCUUGGCAUAUCUGCUUCGGUUGCAACCGCAUCAGUUGCAGGAUUUCCUUCCUACGCUGCCAUCUGUUGUAGUUCGUCUGCUUCAAGACUGCCCGAGAGAGAAAUCUAGUGCCCGAAAGGAGCUUCUGGUAGCCAUUCGGCACAUCAUCAAUUGUACCUACCGGAAUAUCUUCCUCGACAAGAUCGAUGAGCUCCUUGAUGAGCGGACUCUGAUUGGUGAUGGCCUCACUGUGUAUGAAACGAUGAGGCCUCUUGCCUACAGUAUGCUCGCCGAUCUAAUCCAUCAUGUUCGGGAGCAUUUGAACAGAGAUCAGAUCAGGCGAACUAUCGAGGUGUACACCAAGAAUCUUCACGAUGAUUUGCCUGGGACUAGCUUCCAAACGAUGAGCGCCAAGCUACUCUUGAACAUGGCAGAGAAGAUAUCCAAGCUUGAGGACAAACGUGAAGCCCGAUACUUCCUUAUCAUGAUUCUUGAUGCUAUCGGAGACAAAUUGGCGUCCAUGAACUACCAGUUCGACAAUAUCGUGAAGCUUUAUAAAUCUUACCAGGCUAACAAGAAGGACGAGCCGACCACCGAAAAGUAUUUGGCUGACAAGGAAUGCCCUCCGGAUUGGGAUGAGAUUGAUAUUUUCUCAGCAUCCCCCCUGAAGACUACAAAUCCUCGAGACCGUGGAGCUGACCCUGUCGCGGAAAAUAUCUUUCUUUUCAAGAACCUCAUCAACGGACUUAAGAACAUCUUCCACCAGCUCAAGAACUGCAACCCGGACCACAUCCAAAUCGAUUCCAAUAAUGUUCCUAUCAAUUGGUCUGAGGUGUCCUUUGGUUAUAACGCCGAGGAGGUCCGUGUGAUCAAGAAGCUUUUCCACGAAGGUGCACGGGUAUUCAGAUACUAUGGUGUUGAUCAACCAGAACCCGAAGUGAACUAUUCCUCCCCUUUCGACUUCCUUACUAGCCAGUACACCGCACCCAAGUCGCGUGAGGAGAAGGAGCUUUUGGAGAGCUUCGGAACCGUGUUUCAUUGUAUUGACACUGCCACUUUCCAUGAAGUCUUUCAUUCUGAAAUUCCUUACCUCCACGAGCUCAUGUUUGAACAUGGGGCCUUACUGCAUCUACCCCAGUUCUUCCUUGCCAGCGAAGCCACUUCCCCAGCCUUCUCCGGGAUGGUCUUGCAGUAUUUGAUGGAUCGAAUCCACGAAGUUGGAACUUCGGACAUGACCAAAGCCAAGAUUCUUCUGAGGAUGUUUAAACUGUCUUUCAUGGCCGUGACGCUCUUUUCUGCCCAGAAUGAGCAGGUGCUACACCCGCACGUCACGAAGAUUGUCACUAAAUGUAUUGAGCUCUCCGUAACUGCCGAAGAGCCCAUGAACUACUUCCUUUUGCUGCGAUCAUUAUUCCGGAGUAUUGGCGGUGGUCGGUUUGAGCUUCUGUAUAAGGAAAUUCUUCCUUUGCUCGAGAUGCUUUUGGAGACAUUCAAUAACCUGUUGCUCGCCGCCCGCAAACCCCAGGAACGUGAUCUAUACGUCGAGCUCACACUCACUGUCCCCGCUCGCUUGAGCCACCUUCUCCCCCAUCUCAGCUACCUUAUGCGUCCAAUCGUUGUAGCGCUCCGUGCGGAGUCUGAUCUUGUCGGACAAGGUUUGAGGACGCUCGAGCUUUGUGUCGAUAACCUUACGGCAGACUAUCUUGAUCCAAUCAUGGCCCCCAUUAUGGAUGAACUGAUGACUGCCCUCUGGGAUCAUCUUCGACCGCACCCUUACAACCAUUUCCAUGCACAUACGACCAUGAGAAUCUUGGGAAAGCUUGGUGGACGCAAUAGGAAGUUUUUGAAUCACCCGCCGGAGCUUACUUUCGAACAAUAUGCCGACGAUUCUCCCAGCGUCGAUGUUAAGCUUAUUGGCCCGAGCGAGAAGCGACCCUUCCCCAUUUCAAUCGGUAUUGACCUAGCAAUUGCGAAGUUGAUGGAAGUUUCCAAACAUUCGUCGGAUGGCUAUUACAAACAGCAAGCUUUCCACCUCAUUUCAUCCCAGCUGAAGCUUUACAUUGGAUAUGAAAACCUCCCUGAAGAUAUGGCGUCCCUCUUGCGUCUUCAUGCAAACGACUUGUUCGAAAGCAAAACCACUGCAAUGGCCGACAUCCUGGAGAAGUCGGAACGUUCUAGUUCGAUUCCCAAAAAGUUAGCUCAGGAGGUGUCAUUGAAGAAGCUCCUGAAAGCCUGUAUCUUUGCCACUACCAUACCUAGCCUUAGCCAGAGUGCAACUGCCUUUGUGUCUGAUGUUUGCAAACACUUCGCCGUGGUAGAAGUUGGCCGGGCUCUUGCACAGGCCCGGCAUACUCGAAGACCUUUUGAUGUUAAUAGCGGAGAGGGCUCCGUUUAUCUUGAUUCUCGGGUUCUUGCCGAAGCCGUGGUUGAAUCCCUAUCCUCUGACGACACUGAUGUCCGUGACGGAGCCCAGGCCGCUAUGCAGGUUAUGAGGGAGGCGGCUGCUGUGAUCUUUGGGUCGCCCGACAAAGUAACCAAGCUUCCGUUUUUCCAGCACCUUGGUCGUGUUUUCUGCCAUAGUUGUCAUAGCGAGGAAUGGUUUACUAAAGCUGGUGGCAGUCGUGGUAUCCACUUGUUCGCGACUGAGCUGGAUUUGGGUGACUCGUGGCUUUUCGACAAGCAAGCUGAGUUCGUGAGGGCAUUGAUGUAUGUUAUCAAAGAUACGCCUGCGGAUCUUCCGGCUAGUACACGGAUGCGGGCGCAAGAGACACUGGACUUGAUUUUGCGUCGGUGCUGCAAAAAUGUCUCCCAAGAUGACCUGAAGAACGAGAAGAGCCGUCUUUAUUCCCUCUGCGGAUUUUUCGUUUACGAGCUCUCGCACAUGAAUAAGCAUGUCCGUGAGGCUUCUCGCCGUAGUUUCUCGACCAUCGCCGAAGUCCUCGACUGUCAAGUACAUGAACUCAUUUUCCCGGUUAAAGAUCGUCUGUUGCAAUCCAUCUUCAACAAGCCACUUCGAGCGUUGCCGUUCCCUACGCAGAUCGGCUUCAUCGAUGCUAUCACAUUCUGCUUGAGUCUGCGCAAUAAUAUUGUGACUUUCAACGAGCCCUUGAACCGCCUGAUGCUUGAAUCUCUAGCUCUUGCUGAUGCGGACGAUGACAAUCUUGCCUCCAAGCCCAACGAAUUUAAGAAUGCGGAGAUGAUUGUUAAUUUGCGAGUGGCCUGUCUUCGGCUUUUAUCUAUGGCGAUGAGCUUCCCGGAGUUUGCCAAUACGCCGCAGAACACUAGCCGUGCUCGUAUCAUCUCUGUUUUCUUCAAGUCCCUUUAUGUCCGCUCUCCGGGUGUCAUUGAUGCAGCCAAUGCUGGCCUUAGAGAUGUUCUAACGCAGACUAACAAGCUUCCAAAGGAUCUGCUCCAGAACGGGUUGCGCCCGAUUCUCAUGAACUUGCAGGAUCCUAAGCGUUUGAGUGUCGCGGGCCUUGAUGGCCUUGCUAGGCUCUUGACUUUGCUCACAAAUUAUUUCAAGGUCGAGAUCGGUGCUCGUUUGCUGGAUCAUAUGAAGGUCAUCGCAGAUGACGCCAUUUUGCAGAAGGUCUCAUUUAGUCUUGUCGAGCAAAGUCCUCCGAUGAAGAUUGUGGCCGCGAUCUUUAAUAUCUUCCAUCUUCUUCCCCCGGCUGCCACGUCAUUCAUGGAGCAUCUUGUGAACAAGCUCUUGGAUUUAGAAGACAAGCUUCGUCGGACAUCAAGCAGUCCUUUCAGAAAGCCACUCGUCAAGUAUCUGAACAGAUAUCCCAAGGAAAGCUUAUCUUUCUUCCACGCUCGAUUCAAGGAUGAGCGAUUCGGGCGCUUCUUUGGGCAGGUUCUCUCAGACCCGGAGAGCGAGGCUCUGCGUGCGGCGGUAGUUGCAGACACAGCGGGCUUCAUGGCCGCUGCCUUUGCUCAAGAGCAGACGGACGGCAAAAACACUGCUGCCAUUAAUGGGAUUUACGUUGUUCAUGCUAUUUCCUCUUCCGAGUCGACCAAGAAUUGGCUAGUUGCUCAUGCAGAACUAAAAUCUAAAAUCAUUGCAUCUGCCCGGGAGCUUCAGAGGAAGUUACACAAUGAUACACUCCUACCCCAUGAACGUCUCAGGGUUGAGCAGGCAGAGGAUCAGGUUAUGGACAUUUUCACCAUCUACCUCUCGGAGUCGGUACAAGACCUCGAUUUCCUCUUUGAGGUCAUUGAUGGCUUGUCUGCGGGAGAACUGAAGCGGACUCUCGCUUUCCCCAAGUUCAUUUACCACCACAUCAUCACCAACGAGUCCAUUGACUAUCGCCGCUCUGUGAUUAUGCGAUGUCUUGAUCUUUAUGGCCAACGCUCAUGCUCGCAAAAGAUGAAGACCUAUGCGUUCCGUCAUUUGGUGAACCCCGUUUUUGCCAUGGAUGUUCAGUUGACGUGGAACAGCUCUCCCGAUGGGCCGAAGCUGAUGGAUAAGAGCAUGACCGAAUUCAUACAAAGUCGUCUAUGGAAACCACAGGUAGCAGAUUUGAGCGAGGAGUCGAGCCAAGCAGGUGUUGACCAUUCUCGCAUGGAGCUUCUCCAGCUAUCAGCCUUGUUAAUCAAAUAUCACCAUGCCACGGUUCAAGAUUCUCGCAAGGACAUCAUAAAAUUUGCCUGGAACUAUAUUCGCCUGGAAGAUAUUAUCAACAAAUACGGCGCCUAUGUCCUCAUAAGUUAUUUCAUUGCCCACUACGAGACUCCGUUCAAGAUUGUUGUGCAGGUCUACGUUGCUCUCCUCAGGGCCCAUCAGAAUGAAGGCAAGGCUCUUGUAACCCAGGCGCUUGAUGUUCUAGCCCCUGUUCUCCCUACGAGGAUUUUGGCAGCAACGAGCAAUGCACAAACGCAGGAUACACGAUAUCCACUUUGGGCCAAGUGGCCCCGUCGUAUCCUUGCUGAGGAGACUGCCAAUCUCCAGCAGGUGAUGAGCAUCUUCCAAUUCCUGGUCCGACAACCUGACUUGUUCUACGAAUCGAGGGAGCACUUCGUGCCUCUUAUUGUCCCAUCCCUGAUCAAGAUCGCGCCUCCUCCAAAUAACCCCUCACACGAAAGCAAGAGGCUUGCGCUCAACCUGAUAAAUCUCAUCUGGCACUGGGAAGAGAAACGGGUUAAGAAUAGCCAGUCUCCCGCCCCGAAUGGUGUCCUUGAAUCUCCGAAUUCGAAGAAACGCAAACUUGAAGAGUCGCAAAACACACCUACCCCGUCUCCUGCACUUGGUCCUCCUAACUCCCGUGAGCGUUCUGAUUAUAUGGUCCCCCCAGAUCUCCGAGCUGCUCUGACGAAGUACCUCAUCACCUUCAUCACCACAUCCCCUGAACGAUUCCAAGUACCGGCCGCCCGAUUCCGUGAGCUUCAAUCCUCCAAGACCCAGCCUGCUGUUCACACGGGUGAGAUGAUUAAGAAGGCUGUGGGGUUACUUAGAAAUCUCAUGUCCCCUGAGUAUUGGGGUGAUCUGAAUAUUGAGCUCUAUCAGAAAGCUACGGAGCCCAUCCUUACGGCAGAUAAGGGGGACAAGCCUAUUGACAAGUACAUCACCGGUCUAGUCAAUGCUUUGCAAGUUGUGCGAAUUCUUAUCGCCUCUAAGCCCGAUGACUGGAUCAAUGCGCGGGUCCCCAUUAUCCAAAAGCUCUUUGAAAAAGCUCUGCGCUCAGACAACCCGGAGGUACAAGACUCUCUCCAUGGCUUGGAGACUGAUGUUGAAACUCACCCUAAGCUUCCACCGCCGGUGAGAAAAGUUCUGGAUGCUCUGCCGGACGAUCAACCGGAAGAUGAAGAUUCUAUGGAUGUUGAGAAUUCACCUUCGGAGUUUGUUGCGUACCUGUCGGCCCUUGCGACGGAGACCCUUUCCGCCAACAACUACGUGUCAAGCUUGAAUAUCCUUUGGACACUUUCUAAGAAUAAACCGGCAGAGAUGGAUGCUCAUAUUCCCCAGGUGAUGAAAGUCUUCUCACAGAAACUGGCCAAGGAACAUGUAGCAGCUUCUACGAACAACAAUGGCCAACUUCCUCCUGGAGCUAAACCUGCAGAGGGGGUCCCUGAUCCCCAGGAAUUCGAAAUUGGAGUGGACUUGAUAUUUAAGACUAUUGAGUUAAUAUCCGUGCGCAUGUCUCAUCUUGGUGAACAACGACGGCCCUUCCUGAGCGUUUUGGCGCAGCUUGUUGAGCGGUCCCAGAAUGAGACUCUGUGCAGCAAGGUAUUGGGCAUGGUUGAGACAUGGAUUUUCCAUUCUACUGAAUCAUGGCCUACUCUAAAAGAGAAGACGGCUGUUCUGCACAAAAUGCUUCUUUUUGAAUCCCGACAAACCCCAGGCAUGCUUCACCAGUUCCUUGAUCUUGUCAUUAGGAUCUAUGAGGACUCGAAAAUCACCCGAACAGAGUUGACCGUAAGACUGGAGCACGCAUUCCUGAUUGGAACAAGGGCGCAGGACGUUGAGAUGCGUAAUCGCUUCAUGACGAUUUUUGAUCGGAGUUUGACUCGCCUGGCAAGCUCCCGCUUAAGCUAUGUUUUGACUUGCCAGAACUGGGAUACUCUUGCGGACUCUUUCUGGCUUGCGCAGGCUUCGCAUCUCAUCCUGGGCUGUAUUGAUAUGAAUGGUCUAGCUCGACUUCAUCCUGAUGACCAUACCGUGUACUCCCUGUCUUUCCUCUUCGGCAAUGCUGAGAAAGAUCCAAGGAAAGGUGAUAUUAUGGUUGACGGUCAACUGGAGGCCUUUGUCUCUGAUCGCAGACGAUUCUUGGGAGAAAUUGGUGAUGUCAAAGCCCGGGACUUGAUCGAGCCCCUUUGCCAACUCCAACAUACCGACCCCCAGACCUCUUACAACCUUUGGACUGCGCUAUUCCCUAUGUUUUGGUCUACUUUAUCUCGCGAAGAUCGUAUUGACUUGGAGAAGGGCAUGGUAAGCCUCAUUACUCGCGAAUACCAUCAACGCCAGAUCGAUAAGAGACCGAAUGUGGUUCAGGCUCUUCUCGAAGGGGUUGUGCGUGCAAGACCUCGAUUCAAGAUCCCUCCACAUGUGAUGAAGUAUCUAAGCCGCACCUAUGAUGCGUGGUACACCGCUGCGACAUACUUGGAGGAGUCGAGUAUUAGUCCUAUCAUCGAUACACCAACGGUUCGUGAGAGCAAUCUUGAUGCAUUGGUGGAAGUGUACGCAGGCUUGCAAGAAGAUGAUUUCUUUUACGGCACCUGGAGACGACGGUGCAAGUUUGUCGAGACAAAUGCAGCCCUUUCAUAUGAGCAGCAGGGCAUGUGGGACAAGUCGCAGCAGCUGUACGAAAAUGCCCAGAUAAAAGCGCGUUCCGGAGCAAUGCCAUUCUCUCAGGGUGAAUAUUACCUCUGGGAGGACCAUUGGCUCAUUUGUGCGCAGAAGUUGCAACAGUGGGAAAUUCUCAGUGAUUUUGCCAAACAUGAAAACCUGAACGAUCUUCUUCUAGAAGCUGCCUGGCGGAAUAUUGAGAACUGGCAAAGUGAGGGUAAUAGGGAACAGCUUGAGUCUCUUAUUAAGUCGGUUUCCGACGCACCUACUCCUCGGCGUACCUUCUUCCAAGCCUUUAUGGCUCUUCUUCAGUACCAUAACAAGAAGGAGAAUAUCCAAGAGUUCAACGGUGUUUGUGAUGAGUCAAUCCAACUCUCCAUCCGAAAGUGGCUUCAGUUGCCGAAGAGAAUCACCAACGCGCAUAUUCCCAUUCUGGAGCACUUCCAGCUCUUGGUUGAGCUUCACGACGCAAGUCAUAUUUGUGCUAGCUUGUCUCAAACCAAUGAGCGUAACCUUGACACGAAGUCCGCGGAGCUUAAGCUGUUGCUGGGAACGUGGAGAGACCGUCUUCCUAACCUUUGGGAUGAUAUCAAUGCCUGGCAAGACCUGGUCACAUGGCGGCAGCACAUCUUCCAACUGAUCAAUGCAACCUACCUCAGCCUCCUUCCCCCACAGACAAAUAACGUGGCGAGCAACUCCUAUGCCUACCGCGGAUACCACGAAACGGCCUGGAUUAUCAACCGUUUCGCUCAUGUUGCUCGCAAACACCAGAUGCCAGAGGUGUGUAUCAAUCAGCUGAGCCGCAUCUAUACCCUUCCGAACAUCGAGAUUCAAGAAGCGUUCUUGAAGUUGCGUGAACAAGCCAAGUGUCACUACCAGAACCCCAAAGAACUCAACAGUGGACUGGAUGUGAUUAACAAUACGAAUCUCAAUUACUUCGGUGCGCAGCAAAAGGCAGAGUUUUACACACUCAAGGGAAUGUUCCUUGCGAAGUUGAACCACGUCAAUGAGGCGAACGAGGCAUUCGGUGUGGCUCUUUACUAUGAUCUGAGAUUGGCAAAGGCAUGGUCUGAAUGGGGACAGUACAGCGACCAACGUUUCAAGAGCGACCCGGCCGACUAUGAGCUGGCUAGUAAUGCCGUUAGCUGUUACUUGGAGGCUGCCGGUCUUUACAAGAAUUCUAAAUCUAGGAAGCUCCUUAGUCGCAUCCUCUGGCUGCUCAGCCUGGAUAACGAUGAGGGUCGUGUUGCUGCUGCUUUUGAGAAUUUCAAGGGCGACACACCUGUUUGGUACUGGAUUACCUUUAUUCCUCAACUGCUUACAAGCUUGUCCCACCGUGAAGCUCGCCUUUGUAAAGCUGUUUUGGUCAAAAUUGCAAAGCUAUACCCACAAGCGUUAUUCUUCCUGCUCCGCACAAAUAGGGAGGAUAUGCUCAAUAUCAAGAAACAGCAUGAUCAGAAGCAAGAGAAGCUGAAUCGUGCGCGACAACAGGCUUCGCCCCAUACCAAGCCUACCCAGGGAACCGCAUGCGAUAGCUCACCCGCCCAGAACGCCAACGUCAACGCCUCCACCGCGCAGAGUACUUCUGGCCAACAAACUCCCCAACAAACUGCUCAAACUCAACCUCAGGGCCAGCAGCAAGUGCCGGCACAGGGGCAGGCGCAGGCUCCCGGCCAAGGCCAACCUCAAGCCGCCGCUCCUGCGCAAGGCCAGCAGCAAAACAACCUCCAAGUUCCUGGUCAAAAUGCAGCGGCUCAACAGAACCAGACCCCAGGAGCUGAGCCUGAAAAAGAACCUCUUAAGAAACCCUGGGAGUACUCUGAUGAGAUUAUGUCUGGCCUCAAGACCGCCUUCCCCUUACUAGCGUUGUCCAUGGAGACAAUGGUCGACCAGAUUCACAAGAACUUCAAGUGCCCCCCCGAUGAGGAUGCCUAUCGCCUUAUUGUGGCGCUCUUGAACGACGGAUUAGCUUACGUUGGUCGCAUGCCUGGCUCGUACGCCCAGGACUUCAAGCUGCCCUCUGCAACGGAAGCCAAUAUCACGCGGUUUGCCGAGACAAUUCUUCCUGCCCACAUCAGAAAGUCUUUUGAGGCCGACUUUGUGGUUCGGAAGCCAACGAUGUAUGAGUACAUCCAGAAACUGCGUCGUUGGCGCGACAAGUUUGAAGAGAAGCUUGACCGACGACCCCAAAGUCAAUUCCUGGAGAGUUACUCGCCACAUCUGAGUGAGUUCCGAUUCCUCAAGUUUGAUGAGGUUGAGGUCCCUGGCCAGUAUCUCCAGCACAAAGAUAAGAACCAGGACUUCGUUCGUAUUGAUCGGUUCCUCCCUGACAUUGAUCUGGUUCGGGGUAUUGGUGUUUGUCACCGUCGCCUGAAGAUCCGCGGGCACGAUGGCAGUGUCCAUCCCUUCGCUGUCCAACAUCCCGCAGCUCGACACUGCCGGCGUGAGGAACGUAUCCUGCAGCUAUUCCGCAUCUUUAAUGGUUUGCUGGGCAAGCGCAAGGAAAGCCGCCGGCGCAAUCUUUACUUCCACCUUCCUCUCAUGGUUCCGUUGGCGCCGCAUAUCCGCUUGGUUCGCGAUGACCCCUCGUAUAUCUCAAUUCAGGGCAUAUAUGAGGACUACUGUCGACGGGUUGGUAUCAACAAGGAUGAACCUGUCCUGUUUACAAUGGAGAAGAUGAGGGCUCUGGCGGAAACAAAGCAAAACCGGACAUCCGACCAGCAACAGGUGCUUCGGACGGAGAUGCUCACGGCAAUCCAGGAGAAGUGGGUUCCCAGCACAAUGGUUCUGGACUACUUCCAGAGGACAUACCCCAACUUUUCAGACUUCUGGCUCUUCCGUCGUCAGUUCGCCUAUCAAUAUGCGGCUAUUGCCUUCAUGACUUAUGUGAUGCACAUGGGCAACCGCUAUCCCAAUAAGAUCAUGAUCUCCCGCAACUCUGGUGACAUCUGGGGCUCCGAGCUCAUUCCCACGGUCAACCCAACCAAGGCUUUCUUCUAUAACCCGGAGCAGGUGCCUUUCCGCUUUACUCCCAACAUUCAGACACUCAUGGGACCGAUUGCAACGGAAGGCCUUUUUGCCUGUGCGCUCAUGGCCAUUGCCCGGUGCUUGACAGAACCCCGACAUGAGCUUGAGCAACAACUCAGCGUCUUUGUCCGAGAUGAAAUGAUGUUCUGGGCCACUGCACACCAUCGCGGCGUUCUCCCUCCACAACAGCUUCGGGACCUGGUCUAUAAUAACAGCGAUAUCAUCGUCAACCGAGCUGUUAGCCUGGCCAGUCCACCCGAAGGCAACUUGCCUGCGAACCAGACUACCAUUGAUCUGAUUUCCAAGGCUGUGAAUCCUCAGCACCUGGCAUCUUGCGAUGCUUUGUGGAUGCCGUAUCUCUAAAACCGUUUUCCGAAAGAUUGUUUCUGCUCUCAUUCUUGUCUUCUCUCCAUUUCUUGGCGUUCUCUUGCUGCCUCCCUCUCUUUAGGUCAUGGAAACAGGGGCUUUCAGAUUAGCAUAAGCCGAUGAAGGAGGGAUGGUUUCGUUGGUUGGUGGGUUGGUUGGUUGGGAUUUUCAUUCUAGCGUGGCGCUCUGGGGGUCAGUAUGUUAGGGAUCUCAUUUGAUGUUUACCUUUUUUACUUUCUUACUUGUCCUUGCCUUUUUAUGGCUUUU